UGGAUUAGACUGGUCAAGGUGUAAUGUUGAACAAGGGAAUGUGCUUGUUUUUCUCUUGUCAGGAAGCUUGAAAAGAAGAGGCAGUCAAGAUGCCAGAAACUGGCUGUGCAUCGGGUGCUCCCAAGAAGGGCUUGACGCUCGAUGACCUCAUCGCGGUCAUUGACCGGCAUGAAAGGAACCCGAGCAAUAUCCCUAAGGUCGACACGUUCCAUUUUUGUGGAGAAAGAGUCUCAGAAUGGCUGGAGCGGGUGGAACAAGCUUUGGUCGGGCGGUCGGACGUUGUGAAGUUUCAACGCAUCCUCCAGUAUGUCCUCCACAGCUACCAUCAAGAGGUGAAGAAAGUUAUAGAUGCGGCCCAAGGUGGUUGGGAAAGGUUCAAGGAGGGGAUGCAAAGGAAGUACCGCUUGGGAGAUGGAUUGCUGACCACCGCGGACCUGGAGGCGAUGAAAAAGGAGGAUUUUACGACGAUAGGGGCCUUUGUCCAGGAGUUCAAGAAAAAGGCACGGAAGGUCCAUGGGAUUUCGGAGGAAUCACAGUGCGCCAUCUUCCUGGGGCUACUCACGGCAUCGGAGGCCGUCGAGUUGACAAGGCAUGGAGGAGGUAGCACCAAGCUCACCUGGGCCACUAUUGACAGAGGGGUGGAAGUUGGGUGUUUGGACCAGGUGGAGCAACGUCAGGUACACCUGCAAAGGCAGAAGAGAAAGGAAAGAGAUGCGACCGCCUCUGGGACCCCGGGGGUAACAAGGAUUGUUACAGACGUAUUGGCACAGCUGGGGUAUGCGACAGAGCCAGUGGUGCAAAGGAGGGUAGUGACGACUGGCCGAGUAAAAAAAAAAGAGCCGGUGGUAGAGGAGGUUGUUCAGGAGGAGCUCUGGGAAGAGGAAGAGUCGGUGCCACAACACCUGACGAAGACCCAGCGCAAAGUGCGUAACUUGGCGCAGGGCGGACAGGGAUCAGGAAAAGCGCAGGCGCCUCAGGUGGUGGCGGCGGCUCCUCCAAGUGUGGCGGCGCCCUCGUCUAGUGCGGGCCCCUCGCAAGGAGGGGCACCCUCCUACGGACAGUGGCCCUGGCUGGUGAUCAACGCAAUCGUGUCAUGGGGUAGCCCGCCGCCAGUUGCCGGACCACAAAUGAGUAUGUCGCCACCUAUCUACCCCGCAGCCCAGGCCCAGCCUGUGGCCCGCCGCCGUCACCUGCUCCCAACAUACAGGGAAGCGUGGCUGGAGGUGGGAACCAGGGGCAGGGCAAUCAAGGCAACUGAGGGAGGGGUGGAGGGAGGGGGCGAGGCAGGAAUGGCGGCGAAAGAGGAGGACAAUGGAAUGGUCAAGGCCGAGGAAACCAAGGCCAAGGGUACCAAGGCCAGGGAAUCAAGGCCAGGGGUACCAAGGCCAGGGGGACAAGGGAAGUCAGGGAUACGGAAGGCCCCAUUAUGGCAGGAAAAGGAAGAACCACCGAUUGGGGUAGAGGAAGUGGGGAGCGAAGGGGAAGUAACUCAAGAGCCACGAGGUGGAAGCAAGAGGGAAGAGCCUAUAAUCAUCGAGUCGGAUGACGAGGACGAGGAAAGAGGGAUGGAGCCUCCGUCCGUCUUAUUAGGAAAAAUUGAGGACUUGUUGGACAAGGUGGGAAGGUACCAACAGAAGUUGGUGGCGCUCUGUGAGGAGGUGAGGGAAUGGAAGUGUAGCAUCCCUAAGAUGUUCUUGUACGACUCCGGCCCGGAGUCAGCACCUGGGCGUCCCGGAGUAAAUGUGAUAGGGUCAAGCCCACAAUCGGGGGUGAUGGGGAGACCCCUCACCUCGCAGGCCCGACUGGCACAAGCAGCGCGAACGAGGAAUCAAGCCAAGACCAGUGUCAGCCAAGAGCCUUCGAGGAGGGAGCCCGAACCGGAAAAAAGGAAAGAGGCCGUGGAAGUGGAGGAGGACGAUGAUGAAGAGGAAGAAGACGAGAGGCUGCGCCGAGAAGAGGAUCAGAGAGCGGAGCAGCGGGCAAGGAAAAAAGGGACCAGGGGAGAGGCCGAGCCGGUUAUACGUGACGGACCACCCAAAAGGAAGAAGUACGCGGUUCGGUUGGAAGAGGGAUUUGACGUAGAGAAAGUGAUCGACCGGCUGCUAGAAGGGCAUAAUGACCUCAUAGUCGGACUUGGGGUGGCAAGGAAGGCAGAAGAAAGGUUGGAUCGCAAAAUCAAGUUCCUGGCCAAGGCAACUUUUGACUGGCACUUGCUAUUGGAGAGCGAUCUGGAAGGAAAGAAGAUAAAGGAAGCAGGUCAUGGGGGACGCCUGGAGGCUAUGGAGGUGGAAAUCCAAGAACUCAGGGCAUUGGUGGCCAGUCAAGCAGCAAUCAUCGAGAGUCUGAGGCAGCGAUCUCAGGGAGAAGUGGACGAGCCAGAGAGCAGCCGACAGGAAGAUCAAAUGCGGUCAGGACAUGGUUUGCCAGGACAGCCAUCGACAGUAGAGACUCGCCAGGAGCCACCUAUGGGGAGAGUCAUUCUGGAGUCAGAGGAGGCGAGAGCUCAAAGGGAGGCAGAGAGAGAGGCCUUCGAGUUCAGAGCCCCUACUGAGCUCGCGACGCUACCUAUAGCAGCGGCGGGCCCAGUCAUACCUUUGGCAGUUGAAGAGGGGCUACCACCAUCAAGCAGUGAGCCAGCUCAGGGCUCAGCAGAGGGAUCUAUGGACGUACUCAUUGAGGCAGUGCACUCGAUGCAGGAGGACGCGAGUUUGUUUUCGCCUGAGCAGAGGAUAGAGGAGCCUCUCGAGAGAGAGAUGAGGAUUGAGACGGAGGGUGUCAUCGAGGGCGGGCUCCAGAGGUUGGGCACACCUGAGUACGGGCCAGGGGGGAUUGAGGAUCGACCAGGGACGAGUACCCAGGAGAUGGAGACAGGAGAGGAACCUUUGGAUAUGCCUCAGAGCCAUGGGCUGAGCAGGGAGGCUAGCGAAGCACCAUCGUCGUCAAGGUCUCAGAGAGGAAAGAAGAGGUCCAGGAAGUGGUUCGAUACGUCCUGUUUCUUUUGUACAAAGGAGGGGCAUCGAGCCUUGCAAUGUCCUAAGUUCCUAAAGGACAAGGCUGAGGGGAAGGUUACAGAGGAAGGAGGCAGAAUGUAUGAUAGACAGGGCAGGAGAGUAGAGAGAUCUGCAGAUGGGGGUAGGGCUCAGCUAUAUAGGCAAAACCAGGAGGAGAUGAGCGACCACGACUGAGUUUUCCUAUAUGGUUGACAUGUUGCGUAUAGGAUUAGAGUUAGGAUUGGAUGUC